AUGCCUCUCGACAGCUCGUCCUACGCAUUGGCGCAUUUGCGCGUAGAUGGCCGGCGCUGGAACGAGCUGCGACGCAUCCAUGGGCAAAUGUCAACUCAGGCCGCCGCCGAUGGUAGCAGCUACUUCGAAAUGGGAAACACAAAAGUGAUGUGCACCGUUCACGGACCGCGGCAACAGACCAAAGGCGGCGGGGGCGGACAGAGUAAAGAGGCGACUAUUGAGGUUGAGAUUGGCAUCGCAGGCUUCAGUGGCAUGGAUCGAAAGAAGAGAUCGCGGAUGGACAAGCGAACACAGGAGAUGCAAUUCAGCAUUUCGUCUGCCUUUGCGGACACCGUCUUCACGUCAUUCUAUCCGCAAUCAACAAUCACUGUUGUGCUUCAUGUGUUGUCACAGGACGGCGCUCUGCUGGCUGCUUGUUUGAAUGCUGCGACUUUAGCCCUUGUGGACGCUGGAGUGCCGAUGAAAGACUACAUUGCUUCAUGUACCACCGGAUCUACAGCAUCAUAUGCAUCGAACGAUGAGGAGGCCGACCCGUUGCUGGACCUCAAUGGUACGGAGGAGCUCGAGCUGCCGUUCCUCACUGUUGGAACGAGUGGUGGAGAGGACAAGGUCAACGUGCUGAUCAUGGAGACCCGCGUGCAAAUGAACAGACUGGAGUCAAUGAUCUCUGUAGGCCUGGACGGUUGUAAGCAGGUCCGGUCGAUGCUGGAUAGCGUGGUAAGAGAGCACGGCAAAAAGUUGUUGAAAACCAAGUGA